AUUAGCAUAUAGAGAAGUCAAAACCAUUAUGCAUGUAUAGGAAGUAGAGUUUAUCAUUUUGUGACCUAAAAAUCACUGGAUGAAAAUUUUAACUAGGUGCCUUUAAAGUUACAGUACAGAAUAAUAUAAAUUUGAGAGUUUUAAAAUAUUUAACCGAAUACAAGGAAGUAAAAUCCUUCAGUUUAACAUUAAAUAUGAUAUUUUGGAUUUGCAAGAGCAGGCAUGACUAUUUACUUUGGGUAGAGAUAAUGUUUCAUAUUAUCAAUAGGGCAAAGUUUGUUUGUAUUGAUCAGUGUUGUAAACCAGUUCUAAAAUAUGACACUGGGUUUAACAUGUUAAUAUAUUUUAGAAAAAAGGGGAAUUAGAGGACAGAUAUGGCAACAAUUGAGGCAUGUGGGUCAGAUGGACUUAUCCCAUCUAAAUGUGGACCAUGUAGUAAUGUGAAGAAGGAUAGUGAGGCAACAAUGUUUUGUGUGGAAUGUAACAAUAUGCUGUGUGAUACCUGUGUUGGUAUACAUAGAAUGUUUCCUGCAAUGAAAUCACAUAAAAUUGUGGUUCAGACAGAUAAAGAACAGUAUGAAUUUAGAGCCAAACUUUUGACAGACAGAUGUGAGAAACAUGACAGCAAGCAUCUAGAAACAUUCUGUAAACACCACAAGGAAUUGUGCUGCAGUGUCUGUGUGUCCUUGAACCAUAGAAAUUGUGACGGUCUGGUCUACCUUCCAGAAUAUGUUAAUGAAAAAGAAGCUGAAAUGUUAACUGCCAAAACCAAACAGAAACUUGAGGAAGUGAAAAUAGAUGCUGAGAAGUUGAAGUCAUCAAGACAGACUGAUAGACAGAGAAUAGAUGUAGAGAAAGCACAGUCAAUCAAAGAAGUAGAUGACUACAGAGAAAGACUGUUUGCUGAGAUAGACCGUACCCAUGGUAACUCCAUCAGUGACAUAGAAUCCAGAUACAACAGUGAUUGUAAAUCUAUUGAAAACGAUGUGGAAGUCUGUGAUAACGUGAUUGCUGAGGUAAAUGAGGCUCUGAAAACUUUGCAUGAUGUUAGACAGGAUAAGGUUCAAAGUUUUAUUGGUGUUAGCAGAGUUGAGGCCAUCAAAGAACAUGCUCAGGAAGAGGUUGGCAGUAUUUCUGGAAAAACUGAAGAUCAAAAUACUGCUUAUCAGAUUGAACACAAUCUUGAGACUGAAAUUAAAAAUACACAUUCUUUUGGGAAGUUUGUUGAAGUAAAGUAUGAUAUAAAUAUUGGACAAAAGAUCUGUGAUCUCGAACUGCAAUAUGAAAAUAAAAAAUGCGAUAUUCAGAAAGUAGAAACAAUAAACAGUCAACAACUGAUGAUUGCAGAUUAUGCCAAUAAAAGUUUAAUGAUAACUGACAAAGAUUUAAAUAUAGUGAAAAGUUAUGUUCUUCCAUACCACCCAAGUUGUGCCUGUGUUAUAUCUGAUGAUACUGUAUGUGUAAGUUUUCAGAUUGAAAACAUGGUGCAGAUUGUCUCCUUGCUUGGUACUAAGCAUAAGGUAAACAGGACUUUUGAUAUUGGCAAAGAAUGUAGGGGUGUUUGUUAUAAGAAUGGAAACCUCUAUGUUGCUUGUGGUGGAGGAAAUGGUGCAGAAAUACAGGUCUACUCAACUGAUGGGACACUGAAAAAUACAUUAGGAAAGGGACAUCUAAGUGCACCAUACUAUGUAAAUACAAACCAGGAAGGGUCUACUGUAUUUGUAGGAGAUAACAAAAAAGGGGUGAUCGCAAUAAGAAGUGAUGGAACAUUGCUGUGGACAUAUAAUAAUGUGGAAACACUCAAAAAUGUCUGGGAUAUAGCAGUUGAUGAAAACAAUGAUUUGUAUGUAUGUGGGUUUGUUUCACACAAUAUAGUGAAGGUAUCAUCAGAUGGUCAGAAAGGUGAAGUUAUUCUGAAAGGUAUCAAGUUUCCACAGACAAUAUGUUAUGACAGGACAAAUAAAAGGUUAAUCAUAUAUGGUGGCAACAUGAUCUUAGUUCAUGAAGUGAUAAAACAAAGGAAAUGAUAUUUAAGUGCUUCAAUUUUGCUAACAGUGAGAUGUCAAACUUUCAAAGCUCUGCAUUAACAUUCUGUUACUGUUUUUAAGGGAGCUUUUAAUUAUAACAAUAUUUUCCAUCAGUCAUACACUGACAAUUAAUUUUUGAAAUGAAAUUUUUCAAUAGAGGUCACCUUUAGAUUUUGAAGAUGAAAGUCUGAUUUUUGGUGUUGUUUUGUACAUAAAAUGGCAAAAAUGUCUAUACCUAUGGUAAUUCAGAAACAGUUUGAGAAUAAACGUAGCUUUAACAAAGAUUUUUGUGUUUAAUGUGCCAUUUCUUAUUAGAAAUGACAUCAAUGUUAUUAUAACAAGAUAUUCUAGGUGUUGCUAUUAACUUAAAAAAUGUCUGAAAACUGGAGGCUUUUUUUCUUAUCUAAAUCCUAUAUACCCCUUCUUGCAUGGAAAAUAUUGCUUGUAUGCUAACUAAGAUAUCAUGGAAUACAUCGAUCAACAAAUGAAGUAAAAAUUUGAAUUCAAAAACUUUUUGGUGUCCCAAAUAUGUAGAAUAAUCUAUAAAAUCUUUCUGAUAACAAAAUCAAAACUAAUCAAGAUAUGUCAAAAAAUUUAAAAGCCCCUAUUACCACCUUUGAAGUUCCUUAGACUGUUGUAUUUUAUGAAAGGCAUUGUCAA